AUGCCACCUCAACCACUGUCGAAGCAUACGCCAGACAUAGAGGCUCUACUUAGCCUCAAUCCAAAAGCGCACUCUUAUGCGAGGGUAGUGCCGAGUUAUGAAACCAAGAAAAACAAAUACAACUGGAAAAGAAAUGCGGACAAAUGCACUGAGUGUAGCCCGAAUCUUGUAAAUGACUUCAGAGAUGUGAAACACACGACUCUAAGUGAACGUGGUGCUCUGCGCGAAGCCUUACGAUGUUUGAAGUGCGCCGAUGCUCCUUGUCAAAAGAGUUGCCCUGCACAAGUGGAUAUAAAGUCAUUCAUAAUGAGUAUUGCAAAUAAGAAUUACUAUGGAGCAGCUCGUCAAAUUUUGAGUGACAAUCCGCUUGGUUUAACUUGCGGUAAUAUUUGCUCAACUUCGAACCUCUGCGUGGGAUCCUGCAAUCUGCAAGCGACGGAAGAGGGACCAAUAAAUAUUGGAGGACUUCAGCAAUUUGCGUGUGAUGUCUUCAAAAAGAUGAACAUCCGACAAAUUGUUUCGAAAGAGAUUCGAGAGCACAGAAACAAGUCUCAUGCAUCACCUAUUGUUCUCAUGGGAUGCGGCCCUGCUUCAAUUUCUUGUGCAUCCUUCUUAGCUCGGCUAGGCUAUACUGACAUUACCAUCUAUGAGAAAAAAGAUUACGUUGGAGGAAUAGGUGCAUCUGAGAUUCCGCAGUUCCGUCUAUCUUAUGACGCCGUUGAAUUCGAGAUACAAUUGGCAAAAGAUAUUGGCGUAAAAAUUGUGACUGGACGUAAAUUGCACAAAAAUGAUCUUACGCUGGAGAAAUUGAAAGCAAAUGGAGCAAAGGCUGUGUUUAUCGGAAUCGGAUUGCCUGAGCCUAAAAGAGAUAAACUUUUCACCGGUCUGACACAGAGCCAUGGUUUUUACACAAGCAAAGAUUUCCUCCCUGCAAUGGCUGCUGCUAGCAAAUCCGGAAAAUGUGGAUGCUCUCGAACGUUACCUUCCUUGAAGGGAAGAGUAAUCGUCCUUGGCGCUGGCGAUACCGCUUUCGAUUGUGCUACAUCAGCUCUCAGAGCAGGAGCAUCAAGAGUAACAGUAGUAUUUCGUGAAGGGUUCAGCGGAAUCCACGCUGUGCCAGAGGAGGUGGAUGCAGCCCGUGAAGAAAAAUGCGAAUUCAUACCUUUCUGUACUGCGACAGAUAUCAAGAUCGAGAACGGUAAUAUUGAAUAUGUGCAAUUUGCUAGAACAGGGAAAAAGGACGACGGAAGUUGGUAUGUCAUUGACCCCUAA